GAAACCGGGCCGCUCUAUUCUUGUCGAGCCUUUUGCCUCCCAUUAGUGAAGUCUGCUGCCGUGUUGAAAGACGGACGGGACUUUCUCGGACCAGGAAUUUGUCUUUUUCCCAAAACAAUUUCCAACAACAUGACCUCCAAUUCAAAUUUGUCCAACAUGCGACGGCUCGUAGAACAACUAAAGCUUGAAGCCAGUGUGGAGCGAAUCAAGGUGUCGCAGGCAGCUGCAGAGCUCCAGCAGUACUGUCUGCAGAAUGCAGGCAAGGACGCCCUGCUGGUGGGAGUCCCCACAGGCAGCAACCCCUUCAGAGAGCCACGCUCCUGUGCUGUAGUGUGACAGUCAAAGUAGGAAGAUGAAGUGGACUGUGGCGUCUCAGUCACCGAAAAGAAGAGUUGUGCUUUUUAUACCACAUGAAAACAAAAUGUAAAAUACAAAUAAAAAUAAAUAUCAAGUGUGUUUACACCACAGUUUAGACGUUCAUUUUCUUGAAACACAUACUUCAGAGUCUACAUCUGUAUCUGUAACAGUGUGACUGUUUAUAUGGAUUGUACAAAGUAGAUGUUUAUGCACAGGCUUUAAAUUACACCCUGGAAUCUCAGUGUGUUGGCGCUUCCUGAUGUUCAGUCUGAGCCAGAGAAAGGAAACGGUGUCUUCCUGUCUGAAACUCCACAGACACUUAACACAGAGUUACAUUCCACUCAGGCCUUUGAAGCUUUUUCAUGUUUGAGGAGAGAUAUCAUCAAAUUCAUUAUAAUCAUAUGUUGGCCAUUUGAUUUAAGUGCUUUUAGUCAUUUAAAUCCAAGUGAAACUUAUUUCCUCUUUAAUGUGGAUCGUGAUUUAUCUGACGUGUUGUUAUCUUUAUCAGCAUAAAAGACAUCUGGCUAGUUAUUUUUAACAAAUACUUCACAAAAAAGAAAGUGCAUGUUACUCAUAAUCUCUGCACAAUAAUAUAUAUAUAUAUAUAUAUAUAUACAUUUUAUGUUGGCUAAAAUGGAAUAGGUGUCAUUUAAAGUAAUCUGUAACAUGCUAUGUUUUAAUGUAAUUGCACAAAAUUAAAGCUCACAUACAAAUAUGCAUAUUAAAAACAGGAAUUGUAUGAAACAAUUAUGUUUUUAAAGUGAACUGUAUGCAAAUUACCAUGAAGAGUUAUACAUAAAUGUUGGAAAACUACACAAACUGUGGCUUAAGCCACUGAUUUUUUAAUGAAACCUUUUAUGAAAGUUUGGGUAGCGUGUUUGAAGAAACAUACUGAAUAAUAUUUAGUCUAUCGGGAAGAGAUAGACUACUCUUUUCACAGUUGCAAUGACCAAACAAAAAUAAGUAUGAGAAGGGGCAAAAAAAAAAGUAAAAAUAACAUCAACCACACUUUGACAAACAGAAGCAACACAAAAACAUGCCAAACAUUUUGCAGAAGUUGAAUACAUUUACUAAAUGAGGUCCCCACUGUGUAUUAGCACAUGCACAUUCUGAUUUUUUGUGUCAAGGAAUCCAAAUUUUGCACCCAAACCAAACCAAAAAAUGGACUCACUUUAAUGUUUUCCACUGUUUCUCUGAUCAUGUUGCCCCAGUCUUCCAUAGUGUGGGACGUGGGUUGGCUAUAAUCAAUGGAAGGAACUGUGCAGCUCACAAGGGGUUCAUUAAUGUGAGUCGGAUACUUUUACAGAGCUUUGAAAUGUUUUGAUCUCUGUGUCGUUUGUCAGUUUCUUGAGCAGCUUGAGUCUUUGGCACUAUAUACUGUAUGUCGCUCUCUCCUUUUUCUAUUGUUUUUCUUCCUCUCUGUUUUCUUUUCCCUUUCCAGAAGUGAUCGCCUGUUUCUUACAUUAAUCAUCAAAUAAAAGACAUGAAACACA